UGAUUUAAACCGAGACGGUGGAGGCGGAGGAACCGGAAGUGAUUCGCGCUGUGUAUCGAUGAGUGGCUAACAAACGUUGUGUGGUUGCAGUAACUUCUUAAACAAUGCAUCCUGUGGACACUGACCUCGACGCUCUCCUAGCCUCCAAAGAACAGGAGUGGAAGGAACUGCAGGCCCAGCGGACGCGCUUAAUGGAGAAGGCCCUGCAUGAUGCCACUGGUCAGCUGAAGGAGGAGAGGGAGAAGUUUCGCCAGCUGAGCGAGGACUUCAUGCACAAUCUGCGAGUGCUGGAGGAGCGCGAUCGGGACCUGGAAUGUUACGAUGCCACAUUCGCUCGCCUGAAGUCCGUGGAGAGCAUGAAGCAGGCCGAGUCGAGUGAGCUGCGCAUCCAAGUUGAUAAGCUGCAGGAGGCAGUGGUGACUGAGUCUCGGAAACGAGAAGAGCUGCAGCGUCAGUACCAGCAAAGGGUGAAAGAACAUGCUCUGGAACUGGAAAAAAUUCACGGCAUGAAGAAUGGUGAGAUUCAACAACGUCGUGAGGAAUACGAGAAGCUGAAACGUGAGCUGGAGAGGAAGAUUCAUGAGGUGGAGGGAGAACUGGCACUUCAAAAACAGGAGCUGAUGGUAGAAUUUGACAGUGAGAUGAGACGCAGAGAGCAUGAGUUCACUUUGAAAAUGGACGGAAUGAGCAAUGUGGUCCUUGCACAUGAACUCAAGGUCAAAUUACUUUCCAAGGAAGUGGAGGUUCACAGAAGUGCACAGGCAGAAGCUUUUGAGGCAUUACAGGCUGCAGAGAAGAACACCCAUCUGAUGGAAAAAAACAUCAAACGUAAAGAAUGGGAGGUCAAAGAUGUCUCAGUGGUAAAGGAUGCACGGAUAAAGGAGUUGGAAGAUAAACUCAGGUUAAUGGAACUGAGCUGUAAGAAAGAAGAGGAACUGUUCAACAAAAAGCAUCAGGAUUUGGACCGUUUUGCCCGUGAAAAAGAGUCACAGUUGGAGACCAUAAAGGAGGCCCAUGCUGAACAGAUCCGGGAAAUGGAAAACAAGCAUAGGGAAUUGCAGAUGAACCUGGAAACGCUCGAAAUGGAAAAACGCAGAAUGGAGUGGAACAUUAGUGACACCCUGAAGGAGAAGCAGGAGCAGAUUGAGAAGCUUCGAACCGAGCUGGACUUGGUGAAAUCAGGCUGGGAUUCUCAAAUUGCAGAGGAAUCCAAGAGAACAGUUGCAAAGGACAUGCAAAUCCAGUCACUCACUGACCAGGAAACAAAGCUGAAGGCUGAGCUGGUCAGGUACAAAGAGGAUGUGGACAGGUAUAAACGACAGGUGUCUCUCGCCCUGGAGAGGGAGAAGGGUCUAGAGCAGGCCAAGGUGCAGGCUGACUUAGACUGGCAAAAGCGUUAUGAGGAUGCAGAAAGAAACCAGUACCUAAAAAAUGAGGAGCUGAUUCAAGGCCUAACUGCAGCAAAGGAUGAGAUUGCUGCUAAACUUCAAGCAACAGAGCAGGAGCUGAAGAAUGCAGACCUUGUGGUCAAGGGUGUGACACUAGAGAGAGAUCAUUUGUUAUCCGUUAUACGCCGGCAGUCAGCCAAGACACCAGGAGGCUCACAGGUUUGUCUUUCAAAGGGGCCAGAUUUGACUGAAGCCAAAGUUUUCCUCUCGGAUGAGAUCCAAAAACUGCAGCAGGAAAAUGGCAGCUUACAUAACAUCAUCACAAUGAUGAAAAAAGAAAUGGAGGAGUUACGAGAACAGUUCCUGGCAAACCCACCUUCUGGACGGUCACAAGAGGACAACAAGGUGCCCCCGAAGGUGCAUGGCAGUGGAGACACUUUAAUACCAGAAUAUGUCACGUCGCUGGAGGAGGAAGUACAGCAGCUGAAGCGAAAAUGCAGAGAGCAGGAAGAACAAUUGGAGGAAGCGGUGAAGGCAGCCACCAAAGUGCCAGCGCCUCUGCCUGGCCUCCCAGUCGCUCCAGAAAAUGCGUUUCUUCAGAAUCACAUCCGCACACUCAAUGAAACCAUAGGUGGACUCCGAGCAGAGAAGGUCUCCACUUCAGCAGUGCUGAGGAAACAUGAAGCCCGAGUUGUUCACCUUGAUUCUAUGCUCUCUCAGGUCACUCAACAGGCCCACCAGAAGCAGGUGGAGUAUGAUCAGCUCCAGUUCGAGAUGAGAAAUCAAGCUAAGCACAAGAAUUCUGAGAUUGCUAGCCUCAGGGAGCGAGUCGCUAAUUUGGAACUGCAGCUCACAGAGACCCGCAAGGAAGCAGAGGAGUAUUUCAAGGGUAACCUACAGCGUAACCUGGAGGCUGUGGCGCUUGGGAACGAGGUGUCUGCUCUGAAGUUGGACAUUGCAAGUCGCACAGUUCCAGUAUUAGUGGACCAGAAUGAGCUGGUGAAGCAGCUGCAGGAGGAGAACUUUCGUCUAAGGCAGAGAUUGACUGGCACUGACCCCAAGAUUGAAACAUCCUUGUUUGAAAGGCACAGUGUGCAAACGCUGAAAGCGAAGCUGAAACAGUCCGCACACUGCAUCUCCCAGCUGACGCGUGACAAGCAGCAGCUCAUUGCCAUUGGGAACAAACUUCGGGCUGAGCUGGCUGAGGCAGGCUUGUACGGUCAAGAGUCGACCUCCACUACUGCUCCAGCUCUCCCUCAGGCUUCGAAACAAUGGGAGCAAGACGCACAGAAUCGCCUGAAGGUCAUCGAGGAUCUCCAGUACCAGCUGACUCACCAGGAGCUACAGUAUGCACAGAGGGAGAACUAUAAAAGGCCUAUACGUCUACAUCCGGCCACUUUGGAAAAACAUGACAGGAGCAGCCACAGCUUUCAGACAUUUACUCAUAAGGAUCAUCGUCCUGAAAAUGACACUGAGAAUAUGCCUCCCGAGUUGAACCAAUCACAGCGCAGCAGACUGUUAUCCAGCCAAGAAUUUGGAGGGUCGAGUGGUCUGGAAGAUAUUUGGCUGAUGCUGAACAGCAGCUCUAAUCUCUCUGCCUGCACACCCAGAGAUGACAUCAGUAAGAGCAAUAAGAGAAAGGAAACCUGUCUGUUGAAAAAUGAUGGAUCUGACGGUCACGUUGUGGUAGGAAGAAAAGCUGACCUGCUGGGGAGGGAAAAGGCUGGGAAGUCAAAAGCAGAAUCUUCUUUCAAGCAAAAACAACCCAAAAAGACCACAAAAAUACGCAACUAUAACAUAAAAGAAUGAUACCAUGUUCCUAUUUUUUAUUGGCUUUCUCUAAUUUAAGACAGUUAUAUUUUAAUAUAAAUACAGUCAGCAUUACUGUAAAUGAGGAAAUAAGAAAAUAAUGUGAAUUAUUUUAAUAAAAUAAUGUUGAACCAUAAAGAGUAACAUGUGAAGUUUCCCUUAAAUUGUAACAAAACGUUCUGAAAUAGUAUUACAGUAUGUAUAUUUUUGCUUUUGAUACACACACUAUUACAGCACCCUGUCAGAAUGUAUUUCAUGUUGUUUAAACUUCUUUGUCUUAGGAGCCUUCUCCUGA